UUUUAUGGUUCAACUUAUUUGCGGUAUCAAUGGUGUCGUUGUUGUUGUCGAUAACAAUUUAUUACUAAAUAGAUCCCAAUCAACAACUGCUUCUCCAGUGAACAACAGUGAUGGUGAACCUGAACAUCAAAACCUGCCGGUUCUGUUCACACCGAUAACCAUAAGAAAUGUGACACUGAAAAACAGGAUCUGUGUGUCACCGAUGUCCAUGUAUUCGGCUGCCGAUGGUUUCAUCAGUGACUUUCACUUUACACAUCUGCUAUCGUUUGCAUUGGGCGGCGCCGGUCUGGUCAUGACAGAGGCUACGGCGGUUACACCGGACGGUAGGAUUAGUCCCCGAGAUUUAGGCAUUUGGAAGGAUCAGCACAUCAAACCGUGGACACAGUUGGCCAAAACAAUUAAACUGUUUGGUGCCGUUCCAGGCAUACAGUUAGGACACGCCGGCAGGAAAGGUAGCACUGAGGUAUUGUGGGCAGGAGGCGAGUCAUUAACUGAUGAAAAAGGUGGUUGGCCUGUUAUUGGUGCCAGUCCACUGGCCUAUGGGUUGCAUAUAUGGAAAAUACCAAAAGAGGCCACAAUUGAGGACUUGGAAAAUCUUAUGAAAGCUUUUGUAUUGGCGGCCAAACGGGCCGUAAAGGCUGGCUUUGAGGUAAUUGAACUGCAUUUCGGUAACGGCUAUCUCAUACAUCAAUUUCUAUCACCGGUGACCAACAAACGAACUGACAGUUUUGGCGGUACUCUCGACAAUCGUAUGCGUUUGGCCAUCAAAACGGCUCGUAUGGUCAGAGAUGCCAUACCAUUGAAUGUUGUAUUGGGUGUUCGGGUUUCAGUCAGCGAUCUGGUGGCCAAUGGCUGGGAUAUACCACAGACUAUAGAAUUGGCGAAAGAGUUGCGCAGAGUUGGCGUUGAUUUUCUGACGUGUAGUUCUGGCCAAUUGGUUCCGACUUCUCAGACCAACGGUAUGGAUAAAUAUGUGUUUCAGGUUCCGUCGGCCGGACUCAUCAACAAACUUACUGGACUUACAACAGCCGCUGUCGGCAAAAUCAUUGAUCCAAAAUAUGCCGAAAAAAUUGUUUCCAAAAAAACGGCAUCACUGGUAAUGAUAGGUAGGGCUUUCCUUGAUAACCCUCAUUGGCCAUAUCGAGCCGCUGAUAUACUGUCAGUCCCGACAACGGCUGUUGAUUACCCGAAACAAUACGGUUAUGCCAUCGGAGACAAUGAGUGGAGAGACUUACUUAAAAAAUCGUUUUAA